UCUUCACUCAUUCAGUCCGCAGUCUCCCCACAGCAGAUCAAAAAAAGACAGCGGCGGCUGCCGGAGCGGAGCGGCGCCGCCGGCGACCUCAAUCGGCCCCGUCCCCGGCAGACACCCACGAAUCGAGCUCGUCGGCGCCCGUGUCCGGUCGGAAGGCGGGGACGCCGCGCGCGCGUCUCCAUCCUGCCGCAAAAAUCGUGCGAGGAGGUGGCCAUCUCUCGACCCCAUCGCCGAUCCCUCCGCGUCGGGUCAUCGGCCAGAAUCUGAGCAUUUGAUGGAGCAACUGAGUCCCAGUGGACCUGUUCCUCAACCCUCAUGGUCAUUGGAUAUCAUUCCUACGAAAGUAGCUUGCACGCUAUCACAGGGAUCUAAUGUAACUAGCAUGGACUUUCAUCCUUGUCAUACACUAUUACUAGUUGGAUCUGCUAAUGGUGAAUUUACAAUCUGGGAGAUCGGUACGCGUGAGAGGCUGGUCUCAGAGCCCUUCCAAAUUUGGAACAUGCAAGCAUGUUCAGCACAAUUUCAGCGUGUCGUGGCUAAAGAUCCCUCCAUGGCCGUUAGUCAAGUUACAUGGAGCCCUGAUGGAUACAUGAUUGGAGUUGCAUUCACAAAACAUUUGAUCCAUCUGUAUGUAUACGAGCAUCGAAAUAAAACACGUGAAGUGGUAGAGAUUGAGGCUCAUUCUGGAGAAGUUAAUGACAUAGCUUUCUCCCAGCCAAAUAAGCAACUAUGUGUUGUCACUUGCGGAGAUGACAAGCUUAUUAGGGUUUGGGAUAUGCAUGGACAGAAAAUAUAUUCGUUUGAAGGGCAUGAGGCACCUGUGUAUUCUAUUUGCCCUCAUUACAUAGACGAUAUUCAGUUUAUUUUCUCAUUUUCCCUUGACGGGAAAAUGAAGGCAUGGUUUUAUGACAAUGUGGGAUCUAGGGUGGACUUUGAUGUUCCAGAAAAAUGGUGUACUACAAUGCUCUAUAGUGCCGAUGGAACUAGGUUGUUCUCAUGCGGAACAAGCAAACAGGGAGACUCACAUUUGGUCGAGUGGAACCAAAGUGAAGGAUCUGUCAAGAGGUCAUAUUCUGGAUUUCGUAAAAAAACAUCUGGUGUAGUACAGGGUGUCGUGCAGUUUGAUAUAGCUCGGAAUCACAUUUUAGCUGCUGGCGAAGAUAAUCAAAUUAAGUUUUGGGAUGUUGAUAACACCAACAUGCUGGCCUGCAUUGAAGCUGGCGGAGCCUUGCCAAGCUUUCCAAGAUUAAGAUUCAAUAAAGAAGGCAAUCUUCUUGCUGUUACUACAGUAGACAGUGGCUUUAAGAUAAUUGCAAAUAAUGAUGGGCUCAAAUCUUUACUGUCUUUUGGUAACCUGCCUUCCGAAGUGUUCAGAUCGCCAUAUGAAGCUUCUACGGUGAAGGUCUCAGGUGCUCCUGUUGUCUCGGGCAUCUCUCCUAACAUUGGCCGAACUGAUCACUUAGACAGAAACUAUCCUGCAAAGCCAUCUCCUGUACUGAAUGGCGGUGAUCCAGCAUCUGGAAGCAUAGAUAAAAAGCGAAGAAUUUCAGAAGAAAAGUCUGAUAAAGGGAAACCUUGGGAUCUGAAGGAAGUUCUAAAUCCCCAGAAAUUUCGUCUUGAUACAAUGCUAGAAACUGACCAAGCCAGCAAGGUAUCAAAGGUGCUCGACGACGAUGACCUCCUCAGGGAGAUCAUUAUCCGCGUCGGCUUCCCCACCACCCUUGUCCGUGCUGCCCUUGUCUGCAAGCGCUGGUACCAUCAUGCCUCUGAACCCGCCUUCCUCUGCCGUUUCUGCAAGCGCCACCCGCCCUGCCUCCUCGGCUUCUACGUCGAGGACAGGGAAGAUCAUAAAAUGGCUUCUAUUCGCUUCUUCAGUUUGCUAAAUAAGCCCCAAGAGCUUGCUGCCGUCGUCCGCUCUCUGCUGGGCUACAGUUGGGACGCCUACCGCGGCGCGCCGGCCAACUUUCUCUGCUCCCGGAAUGGCAGAGUCUUCAUCAGCUUGUACGACCAGGAUGGCUAUUCCGGCACGAUGAAUGAUCUCUUCUCGGUAGAAGAAGUCAAUGACUUGUCCUUGUUGCAUGUGUCGGUGGUGUCUAACAUGCAGAGAACAAAAUCUACGGUGCACGUACAUAUGUGGCGACAUGGUGAUGGUGUGUGGCGCACGUAUCUUACCUUGGACACAGACCAGCUCCUUGAUCUGCGACGGGAACCAAAAGCUGUGCUCGCCAACAAUAAAAUCUACAUAGCAAGCGCCCAGAGCGACAUUGUUGUCUUUGAUUUGACUGCCUCGAGCAUAUCUAUGUUUCAGCUCCCACAAGGGGUGGAGUAUGGAGAUAGAGAUACCAUGUUGGCACGGGCUCAGGAUGCUUCUGGUGUGUAUCUCAUCCAUGCAAAGAAGCUUCAGCUUCACAUUUGGCUCCACAAGGGGGACAACUGGUUGCUGGUGGACACCAUUUGUUUGCGUGAGAUGGUUGCUAAUAUGUGGAUUCCAGGUUACAGGGUUGAGGAUGAGUCCUACGCUCCUCUCCGGAUAAAGCAUGUGGGGGACUAUGCUGAGUUUAUGUUCUUGGAGAUGGGUCGAUGCGCACUUCAAUUAGAUGUCAAGUGCAUGCAGUUGCGUAAAGUGUAUAUCAUGGCAGAAGAAGAAGUGCAAUUGGGUGAUAUCCAUCCUCUUAAGAUGAUUUGGCCGCCCAUGUUCCCUGCGCUCAAGGAUAAUCCUGCAAGCUCCAAAUAAAUUUUCAUGGAGGGGGCAAAGCUCAAGUUAGAAGAGUUGGAGGGGAGCCAGUCAGCACCAUUUGAUAGAUGAAUUGCAAGUGCAAGUGUACGAAGAGGAGAAGAUUGCACAGUAGUCAUGUAAGAAUAAGAUUCAACUCGAGGCCAAGCUAGCAUUUAGGGAUGGGAGGAUAGAAGAGCUGGAAGGGGAGGUUGAAGAACAUGAUAAGAAGGAUGAUGCGCAACAAGAGCUCAAAGUCGCGGAGAUAAGAUGAUCAGAUUUUCAGUGGCAUCCCUCCGGCAGUGUUGGCAUUACCUUGGCUGCUGUCUUAACUUGCAUUUAUGUUAAGUUGUGACUAGUAAGGAAUCAACAAGUGAUUAUGUGAAAAGUGGAUGUUGAAUUUUAGAUCAUUGCUUUGUGAAUAACAACUCUGUCCGAAUAUGCUUUUUUUUUCAUACCAAUGAAUGGUGUUUUAGAUA